CGUCAUAUAAUGGCGACGUCCGUUUCGCAUGCACUGGUACUGCGCGUGCGCAAUGUCAGGAGUCCUUGGCUGGUCGGCCUGCUGUAGGUUACAGAGCUUGUGAGGGGACACAGACAAAAUGCAGAGCUGGACUCAGUUAUACCGCUCUCUGGCCACGCGGAGCCACCACCUUCCCUGCAAGCUGCAUGGAGCUGCAGCUCUGUCCGUCAGAACUUACGCUGACAAAGCAGCAAUCGAUGCAGACGUCACAGUGGUCGGCUCCGGUCCGGGCGGCUACGUCGCUGCCAUCAAAGCUGCACAGCUCGGCUUCAAGACGGUGUGUGUUGAGAAGAAUGCCACGCUGGGUGGAACCUGUCUGAACGUCGGCUGCAUCCCCUCCAAGGCUCUGCUGAACAACUCCUACCUGUACCACAUGGCUCACGGCAAGGACUUUGAAAGCAGAGGCAUCGAGAUUUCAGGCCUCACGUUGAACCUGGAGAAGAUGAUGGCUCAGAAGAGCGGGGCGGUCAAAGCGCUGACCGGAGGAAUCGCACAUCUAUUCAAACAGAACAAAGUGACUCACGUCAAUGGUUUUGGGAGGGUGACCGGGAAGAACCAGGUGACGGCGACGACAGCGGACGGCAGCGAGCAGGUCAUCAACACCAAGAACAUCCUCAUCGCCACAGGCUCCGAGGUCACACCCUUCCCCGGGAUCCCGAUUGACGAGGAGUCCAUCGUGUCUUCAACAGGAGCUCUGUCCCUGAAGAAAGUACCAGGGGAGAUGAUUGUGAUCGGAGCCGGAGUCAUCGGAGUCGAGCUGGGGUCGGUGUGGCAGAGAUUGGGCUCUAAAGUCACAGCGGUGGAAUUCCUGGGCCACGUUGGUGGCCUCGGCAUCGACAUGGAGAUGGCCAAGAACUUCCAGCGCAUCCUGCAGAAGCAGGGCCUCAAGUUCAAGCUCGGCACCAAAGUGAUGGGAGCCAUCAAGAGGCCCGACGGCAAGAUCGAUGUGGCAGUGGAGGCGGCAGCCGGCGGGAAGAACGAGACUCUGACAUGCGACGUGCUGCUGGUCUGUAUCGGCAGACGGCCUUUCACACAGAACCUGGGUCUGGAUUCUGUCGGCAUCGAGCUGGACAACAGGGGCCGCAUCCCCGUCAACAACCGCUUCCAGACCAAAGUACCCAGUAUCUACGCAAUCGGUGACGUGGUCGCUGGGCCGAUGUUGGCCCACAAGGCUGAAGACGAGGGCAUCAUCUGUGUGGAGGGCAUGGCCGGCGGCGCCGUGCACAUCGACUACAACUGCGUUCCCUCCGUCAUCUACACACACCCGGAGGUGGCCUGGGUGGGCAAGUCAGAGGAGCAGCUCAAAGAGGAGGGCAUCCCAUACAGAGUCGGCAAGUUCCCCUUCGCAGCCAACAGCCGCGCCAAAACCAACAACGACACCGACGGCAUGGUGAAGAUCCUCAGCCACAAGGAGACAGACAGGAUGCUGGGAGCUCACAUCGUCGGAACUGGGGCAGGAGAGAUGAUCAAUGAAGCUGCUUUGGCCAUGGAGUACGGUGCUUCCUGUGAAGACAUCGCCAGAGUCUGCCACGCCCACCCUACGGUGUCGGAGGCCUUCAGAGAAGCAAACCUGGCCGCCUCCUUCGGCAAAGCCAUCAACUUCUGAUCUACCGGCCGCUGUCGCACCUUCAGUGUACAUAACAGAGGAGAAACAGGAAGCUGUGUGUGUUCGCGUCACAAACCCUUCAUCCAACCCACCGACACCCUCUGUGUACAUCAAACCUGUACCACAUUUAGUUCUAAUGUUAUUUAAAUGUUCUCAAUAAAAUGAUAAAGGGGAGUCUGGGCGGUGAAUAAACGCUGACUGCAGAUCAGUCUUCUUGCUUUACAAACACAUAGUUAAAAUAAAAAAAGAUCCCAGAGGAGCAUUUUUAUUCACUCGCUCACAGGAUCUAGAGAUAUAAAUAUUAUUUUUUUUCCUCGGUGGCUGCGUUUUCUCUUGUAAAGGAAGCGGGGAGUGUUUUUGUUUCUGUUUUUUACAGCGGGAAAAAUUCAACACAACAAAUAUGAAGUGUAACCAGAGCAGGAAGUAGAUUCACGGUUUUAAAGGUUAAAUCAACGGAAUUAUCGGAAUAUUUAGGUUGGAUUCAUCCUAAUUUAGUAACUCAAACCUUUUGAUUUGCAUCAUUUGUGGCUCUAAGAGCGAUUCAUCAAGUGUUGCAGUUCAGAAAAAACGUUGUUUGUCUGUGGAAAGUUUUCAUGGUGCUGAAGCUUCCAGGAGCUUUAAAUCAAGUUUCAGUCUUUAUAAGUAAUUGUUUUGUUAUCUUGACAACUCGGCAACAUCUUUUGCUGAAAUGUGGCUUAAAGCUCCUGAAGAAACUUGUUAAGAUUGAAAGCCUGAAAUCAAAGUUUCCAAUCUUUUGUGAUCUGUGACAGAGGUGAUCAAUUGAGGAUGCAAACAAAAUAUAAAAACUGGGCCUGCACA